AUGAAGUUCUGGAAGAUUCUCAACAACCAGAUCGAGCAAACUUUGCCGGAUUGGCGUGACAAGUUUCUCUCCUACAAGGAUCUCAAGAAGCAGCUCAAACUCAUUGUUCCUAAAGAUGAUUCUUCUUCCUCCAAACGGCGGCGUUUGGAUGAUGAAGGCGAGGUUUCCAAAGAGGUUAACGAUUUUCUGAGGCUGUUGGAGGUUGAGAUUGAGAAAUUCAAUGGGUUUUUUGUUGAGAAAGAAGAGGAAUAUGUUAUCAAAUGGAAGGAAUUGCAGGACAAAGUUGCUUGGGCUAAGAGUUCUGAUGGAGAGUUGAUGACAGUAGGGAGAGAAAUAGUGGAUUUUCAUGGAGAGAUGGUUUUGUUAGAGAACUAUAGUGCACUUAACUACACAGGUCUUGUAAAGAUAAUAAAGAAAUAUGAUAAGCGAACUGGUGCGCUACUCCGAUUACCUUUUAUCCAAGAUGUCCUGAACCAGCCAUUCUUCAAAAUCGACGUGCUUAACAAGCUUGUGAAGGAGUGUGAGAUGAUGUUAAGUAUAAUUUUCCCCAAAAACGGACCUCUAGGCCAAUCCUUGUCAACCAGCGAGGUUUUUGAAGAAGUUGCGCGUGGGUCGACUGCAUACGAAACUAAAGAGACGCUAGAGCAUGUCCCGAAAGAACUUUCCGAGAUCCAAAACAUGGAGAAUGUUUUCAUCAAACUAACUACUUCAGCACUGGACACCCUGAAAGAGAUUAGAGGGGGAAGCUCAACUGUAAGCAUAUACUCAUUACCUCCCAUGCAUAGCGAGACUCUGGUAGAGGAUUAA